GUGGUGUUGUUGCACACGUUGGUGUUUGCAUAUUUUCUUGCUUUCCGAUUUCUAGUAGACCAAAUAGGAAUUGGAAAAAGUUGGAACUUUUUCGGCUACGCAUUGCCUAAGUCGCUGCGACAACAUUUCACAUACGCCUCGAUUUUAAUACAUUUGAAUUCGAUUCGCUGCAAAUCGAUUUGUUAGAUUCACCUCGUAUAAAUACUCGUGCUUGGCACUUAGUCAAUCACAAAACAAUUUCAACCUUCAAACGGUGUGUGCUGUGUGUGAUCAACCCACAAUAAAACGGAUUAAUUAAUUAGCCAAACAUAAAAUUAUAAAAAUUCAAAACUAAAAAAAAAACUACGAAAAUGUGUUCGAAAUUCGUUUGUGUCGUACUCAUCGCCUCCUUCGCCUGCUGCGCUGUAGCCUUGCCCUCACAGCAACAGCUGGAUAACAGCGAAAAGGAUGUUAUUGCUUUGAUCGAUAGAAUCGACAGUGCCGAGUCGAUGCCACUCUUCGCUGGCCUGCGUGUUGAACGUUCGGAAACUGGUCGCUCAUUCGGUGUCUCAUCUAAUGGCGUUGAAUCGGUUGAAGAUCGCGUCGAACGCUAUCUAGCCACACACGAAUUGAACAUUGGCCUGACUGGUGAUGAGGAUGAGGAAACCGAGAGCGAAUAUGCCGGCCGUGCCAUGGAGGAAUCCCGCAGCAAGAAAAUGAAGAAGAUGCUCCUGCCCCUGCUCCUGAUCUUGAAACUGAAGAAGGCUGUGCUCUGCAAAAUUGCCUUCAGCAUCGUCAAAUUCAUCUCGCUCAAGAGUUUGGCCAUUUCCAUUCUGGCUCUGAUCCUCGCUGGUGCCACUUUCUUCAAGGACUUGUUGGGCAAGAAGAAGGAACACAUCACCACCGCUUACAUCACCGGCAGCCCAUUGAACGCUGAAAUCGUGCACUCCGACUGGAACCGCAACGGUCAGGCUGCUGCCUCUGACUUGGCCUACAACCAAUAUGGCUUGGCUCAACCCUUCUAAAUGCAUACACGCACAACAACACAAGCGAUUCGAUAACGGCACAACCCGCCGCUAGAAUAUUUCUAGCUCUCCUAUCCCACUCUCCCACUUUCUCUAGCUUUCUCUGCCUCAAUCCAAUCUAUUUAUUUAACGCAAUGAAAGUUGAUCACUUUUACCCAAAUGCUUUACAUUUCUAUCGAUCAACAUAAGAAUGACUAAAUUUUAGUUUAUUUAUAAAAAUCUAUAUUUAUAAAUAUUUAUUUGUAGUCAAGUAUUUAGUUUUUAAUUAGUGAAAACUAUGCGAUACCAAAAAAGUCAAACAAAAGCAAAUGCAAAAAAGCAAAAUGCAGCAAUGCAAAUCU